AUGAUGUGGAACUUAUCUAAUAAAUUGGACAUGAGGACUGGUGAGGGUACAACACCUCAAAGCAUCCAGAUGGUGAGGGCUUUGGAUAUGGCUGCCACAUUAGAUUACUACUCUUUGUUCAAGAAAAAAAGAGGGUAUGGAUUAGACUGGGAACGGGUCAAGCUUGACACGUCUGACCGAAAUGUGUAUUCCACGCGGAGCUCCUCCUCCUCUGUUGCCUCCCCCACCUUCGACAACCUCCUCCUCCAAUACCUCAUAUUGCACCCCCACUUCCGGCCGCCCAACCAGCAUCCCCUGCCGCCCUUCGCCGCCGCGAACUCGCUCGAGGACCUCCUCGUGUCCGACCUGCUCCUCAACCUCAUCGAUUUCGACUCCGAUUCUGAAAACAACUUUUCCUUCUCCAAAACUCAGCUCGCCAGGGAGGAGUCCAAGCUCGAGAAGGAGAUCGUCCGCACGAUCCUCUCCGGCGAGGUCGAGAAGUCGAAGCCUAAUUCCGGCCAGACGGUCUCGAUCGGAGACCACCACGUCUGCGUGGGGUUUCAGGAAGAGGCCGGAUCGGGUUACCGGAGCUGGGAGUGGCGCCGACACAUCAUGCUGUUCGAUGAGGAGGAUGGGUACACACGGGAGUAUAUAUAUACGGUUCGAGGUAAGGGACACAUCAAACAAACAGAAGAUUUUGGUUAUUUUCAUGACCCGUUGACUAUCGUGGCUGAGAUAUUCGAGUUGACCUCUUCUUUGAGAGUUGUUGAGGUUAUGAGGAAAGCAGGGGAUAUGUCGGAGUACGUGGAUUUUUGCAAUGGGGAAUUGAGGUCCGGAUUGUUGAGAUUUUUGUUUGUUUUCUAUUUGCAGGUUUUUGUUGUUGCAGGUCUUUGUUCUUUUCUUCAUUAA